AUGAAGCCUAAAGAGAAUAUAGCCUUGAAACAAAAGCGCCUUCCUCUGGUGGACAUCACCAACUACGAUCUUAGGAAACACUUGCGGGAUGAACUGUCGCUCCCUUCUGCCUCUGCCCCGAAUAGACAAGCAUCUGCUCCGGCCUCCAGAAAAAAGAAACCUUCUCAAGAUAAGGAGAACUCCGAUUCUACCGCUAAGGAUACCUCUACUCGACCCUCUUUCCUUCGUUAUAGGGCACCUGUGACAACGCCAUCAUUGACUUCCGACACCUCAAUCGAUCAUGAGCGUCUUCUUUCUCUGCCUACAGUCACCCACGAACCACUGGUUUUUCCAGCGCAUCCGCAGGCCAUCUCGCUGAAGCCUCUCCAGGGCGGUAGAGCAAAGAGUUUGGUGGCUUCUACUAGCAGCAAUGAUCGCGUUGCUCCAGCUUUGAAUAUUUUUCAGUCAGAUCCCAUGUUUGGUUCCAACAUACCGAUCGGGGCGUGCAGGCCUACACCUCUGACAACGAAUCAAAUGACCGUCAAGACAUAUAAGACUGCUCAAGGACAGGUCGUUGUUCUUCCUUCCAGAUCCUUGCUAGUCGAUUUCCGUGAAAGGGAACGCCGCAAUGGGAACGCAGGCGAUGAGGUUCUGAUUAUAUCUGCUGAUGGAGCCAGGGUACAAGUCUUCAAUGCACCUCACUUGAGCACACCUUGCUGCCUUGCGGAACCCGACAACAUGUAUACUCUGGAAACACUUCCAGUAAGGUACUGGAAAUCAUACGAUCGAGCCAGUCGAGUGGUUGAGCACGUUAAAAAGAAAAUGGCAAAACUGUCACUUUAUCAACCGUCGGCGACGUGUACACUCAUGUCUAAUGAGCCUUGCGCUGACAUUGAAGUUCUCUUUGACUCUACAGCUCCAUAUCCUGAUUCCCUCGAUCGGCACAGCGCUGGACGUUCUGAAGGGAACAGGACAGCCGGCAUGCGUGUCAGACUUUCUCGUAAAGGACACACACUGGAAAUUUCAACUUUCGUUUCUGCAGCGUCUGGAUCUACUGGCGAAUGGAAGAAAAAAAUCUUAGCUUGGAUAGGUAGCUCUCUUGGUCUCAGCCCCCAGGAUCUGGCCUCGCUGACUGCUCAAGAGAAGGAAGGUCUGGAUACUCUGGCCGAGUUCGUACGAGUAGCUGAAGCCUUUGAGGCGCUGGGCCCUCCACUUCAUGACUCUCCAAAGAAUGACUCGUCUGGCAAUCCAGAUAAGCUUGCUGGUCGCUUGGCUUCGCUAGAGUCUAUCUUGGACAGACCUCUUCGACAGAAAAAGCCUUGUAUUCUCCCUAGCAAUCUCCAUCAGCAGCAGACCGAUGAUUCUGCAAGCGAUAUAUCAACAGGCGCCACGGCAGCAACAGAAUCACCUCAGGCAUUACCAAGGUCAUUUUCCGACGUUAGUGUUACCCCGCGCCCCAAACUCUCUCCCCCUCACCUUCGGUUCACCAACGAGACGGCUCGUCGUGCGAGCAGUACCGUCGUGGACCCCCCUGUGUCUUCGAACCACCUGAGGAGCUCACACGACCACCCACAGAGUGCAAUCUCGAUCAUACCCGAAUGGCAGUCUACGUCUGUUUCCGGAAUGACGAUACAAACGCGUUUCAUCCCAUCAGUCGGAUGGUGCAUCAGGUAUGGAACCUCCGCUGGCGGGAGGUAUCGAAUCAUGUUCCUCGAUGGGGCGACACUCGAGGUCGAUGUCGACGAGGAAAUGAUCAAGUUUACCAGCCAAGAUGGAAAGGUCGUUAAUUAUUCCGUUCGGGAGUGCCAUUCGCAGCGGCUAGUAGGUGAGCGUAUGAAAGUGUUCGAAGAUUUUGUAUCCUUGUUCGAUGAGCGUUCUUUUGAAUGA